GAUAUUGGUGAUAGAAAAUUCAGUUUAAUCAUCGAUGAAAGCAACGAUGUUUCCGUCUCAAAGAUGCUUGGAAUUGUGAUUAGAUACUACUCAAAUGCAAUGAAAUGUAUUGUGGUUACCUUUUUGGAUUUAGUGGAACUGCGUGAGUGCAAUGCCGAAGCAAUUUGUGAGGCAGUGAAAAAAGCAAUACGAGAUAAUGGAUUAGACCUGCAGAAUUUACUCGCACUUGGAACUGACAAUGCGUCAGUAAUGACUGGGAUUAACAGCGGAGUGUUCGCUAGGUUGAAAGCUGAAGUCCCACACCUACAACUAAUCAGAUGUGUGUGUCACUCCCUACAGCUUGCUGUGUCACAUGCUGCACGCGAGAAAAUGCCGCGGCAUUUUGAAUUCAUGAUCAAGGAGAUAUACAACUGGUUCUGUCAUUCUUCUGUCCGUCAGAUCAAAUACAAAGAAUUGUAUGAAACUAUUAAUGACGGUGUACCACCUUUGAAACUGAUACAAUUAAGUCAGACCCGCUGGUUAUCUAUUGAACGUGCUAUAGCGAGAAUUCUACAGCAGUGGCUUGAACUGAAGACCCACUUCCAGGUAGCAAAGUUACAAGAGAGAUGUUACACAGCGGAACUUUUGCAUUCCAUGUUAGAUGAUGAACAAAAUCAUGCUCUUCUGUUAUUUCUUAAGCCAUUGCUUGCAGAGGUUCAAGCUGUAAACUUGUCCUUUGAAGCAGAAACGCAGGACCCAACAAAACUGUUGAAGGAUUUAGUGUUACUGAUUGAUUCGUUGGGGUCUAAGAUACUAACCCCAGGAAAAAAAAAUAUGUGACUGCAAGAUUAUUGAAGAACAUUUGGAUCCCAGGCCAUACUUGGGCUUUGAAUUUGAAAAGAAAAUGGAACAAUGCAAAUUUUCCCCGCAACUUGAGCGCAAUGUACGAGAGAGGUGCAUAAACUUUGUUGUUGAACUUAUAAAACAGCUUAGUCAGCGGUUACCUGACAACAUUCGUGUACUACAGUCUAUUUCUCUGCUGAGUGCUGACGAAUGCUUGAAGCCCAUUAAAUCACAUAUAGUUGAUUUGGCACACUUAUUUACAGAAGAUGCCAGCACUAUUACUAAGAUUGAUUUCCAGUGGAAAAAACUGCAUCACGUAUUGUGGACAGAAACAUCUAACACCAUAAAAUUGUGGUCAGAAGUGGCCAACUACAGAGAUGCAGCAGGUGAAAACCCUUACCAGGAUCUGGCUGAAAUUGCACUGGCUGCCUUAUCUCUGCCGCAUUCCAACGCAGAUGUAGAGCGAACAUUUAGUAAUAUGAAUUUUGUGAAAUCAAAAUUGCGCAACAAAAUGAAACUAUCUACACUAAAGGCAAUUCUUGCAAUAAAAUACGGACUAAAAAGACAGAAAACCUGUUGUGCAAAUUAUGAACUUCCAAGUGAUGUUUUAAGAAAGAUAGGGACUGUGGAGGCAUACAGUUACAAGACAUCUGCACAAGAACCUCAACCAAGCACUUUACACACUUCCGGCUCUACAUCUGCUCACACUGCUGACGACUACGAAGAGGACUGGGAUGCAAUCACUAUGGAAUUUUAAGUGAACUGUAUCAAUGCUGUUAAAAGUUGCUGGAAGGAGUUUUGUAACUAGCAGAAAAUUAAAUGGUUUACAUUCCAAGGUUUUAUGUCAGUCAAAAAUGGAAGGCACAGCAGAACCAAGGGAAAUAAGGAUACCAGUUCCUUAUGGUCACAUAGCAGGAAAAAUAUGGAAUGAAGGAGGCAGUCCACUCCUGAGUUUGCAUGGGUGGAUGGACAAUUCUGGUACAUGGGAUACUGUGGCACCCUUGCUACCCAGAAACAUAUCUAUUGUAGCUAUAGAUUUUCCAGGUCAUGGGUUUUCUUCAUUUAGGCCUUUGGGAAUUGGAGCUACAUUUGUAAAUUUACUGCAAGUUAUUGAGCGUGUCAUACAAUAUUUUGGGUGGAAAGAGGUUAAUCUACUUGGGCACAGUAUGGGAGGUGCAGCAGCAAUGUUGUACGCUGGUGCAUUUCCAGAAAAAGUGAUGAAAGUAAUAAUGGUGGAUAUAAUAAAGCCAUUAGCAACACCAGCAGAAAAUCAACCUGAACAGACAGCCAAGAGUAUAAAGGAACUUUUGGAAGUUGAAGCUAAAAUUGGAAGAGAUCUACAAUCUUAUGAAUACAGUUCUUUGGUAGAUAAGCUUCUUAAAGGAUAUGGUUCUAGUAUCACUGAGGAAGCUGCCAAAAUUUUGCUUAAGCGAGGGUCAAUUAAACACUCCAAUGGCUUAUAUUCUCUUAAUUAUGAUCUAACACUUAAGACUGGCAACAUAUUUGGCAUGACAUUUGAACAGCAAAAGGAAUUUGCAUAUAGGUUAAAUUGUGAACUGAUGAUAAUUAAAGCUACUGGAGGACCUAUCUAUGAAAAGCAAGAAGACUAUGAUGAAAUGAAGAGUAUUUAUAAUAAAAGUGCCAAAAAAUUCAUCUAUAAAGAAGUGGAAGGGACACACCAUGUCCAUCUUAAUGAUCCACAAGUCAUAGCUCCACUUAUAGCAGAGUUCAUAUUUAGUAAAUUUUAAAAGCUUUUAAGUAAAUUAUAUAAUUGUAUGUAUGUAGGAUUUUUUUUCUUUUCAAAAUCAUUAUUACUAUUAUUAUUAUUAUUAUUAUUAUUAUUAUUAUUAUUAUUAUUAUUAUUAUUGUUGUUGUUGUUGUUGUUGUUGUUGUUGUUGUUGUUGUUGUUGUUGUUGUUGUUGUUGUUGCUGCUGUUGUUGUUCUCGUCGUCGGCGUCAUCGCUGUAACCAUUUAUUAUAAUCAUUAUCUUUAUUAUUAUUAUUAUUAUUAUUAUUAUUAUUAUUAUUAUUAUAUUUGUUAUUAUGAUAGUUAUUAUUAUUAUUAUUAUU